AUGAGAUCACCAUCUCAGUACGAGGAUGGAACGUGCCGGACGCCACGUGAGGACGAUGAGGAGGAGGAAGAGUUGCCUGCCUAUUUCCGUAAUCAAAAAGCUCCGGGUAAUGAUGCUGAGAGGCGACCAUUGUCAAGGGCCGACGAUCAAAUAUGUGAUACUCCUUCGAACAACACUCGAUCUCGUACACAGAGUGGUCAAGAAAAUGUUGCUCCAUCACCUGCUCCAAGUUCAUCGCCCAAUAUUUUCCACGGAUUCACUCCCUCUCCUGUUCCACCUCCAUGUAAUACCGGCUUCUAUGGAACUCCUAUACCUCCUCCUAUUCCACCUUGGUCAUUUCCAUAUGGGAUGUAUCCGAUGUCUUCUCCAUUUUCGAUGCCGCCUCCUCCAUAUUCAACGCCUCCACCGGUGUCUAAUAUUCCAAACUUUGGUGCAACUCCCGUGCCACCACCUCCACAACAACCACCGCUCCUAGGCAACAUACCACCUCCACCGCCUCCACCACCCAUACCGCCACCACCAACACACCCGCAACUACCCACUGAAGUAUCGCCACCAACCAAUAUGUCACGACAAGCUGCCGGCCCAACUGCAUCAAAUUCACAAACCCGUGUUGCGAAAUCAAGCAAAUCUUCUGAAUCGGUGGCCUCAAAAGGCUCCACAGCACCUUCAGUACCCAAACCGCCAGAGCGCGUCGGAGGCUCAAAAUUCCUCGAAUCGGUCCCUCCUGUACCGAAAACAAGCACGUCUACAAAGGAGAAGCGUUCUCAUCACAGAAAGCGACGCUAUUCUCGUGCUAGUGGAGAUGAUUAUGAUUAG